AUGAAAAGACCUACCCACCCAACUCCGCUGCCGAUCUUUGUCAGUCUACCACCGAUCAGUACAAGUGAUUUUAGCAGGUAUCCGACGACAUCCUCAACGACAUCGUUAUCUGACUCCUUCUCAAGCAAAACAACAACAGUUUAUGAUUUUAUUGGGCAAGUAGAUGAGGCGGCUGCGGCUGAGCAUCGAGAGCCAUUGACUUCACAGUUUUCAUUGCUAUCAAAAAGGGCACCAGCAUACUCGGGUCCAACGACAACGAUAUCAAGGCAUCUGCAAAAGUCCAAAUCGGCAGGUCUGCAGAAAAGCUCAUCGGCCCAAUACCGCCGAUCGGGGUCUGAAUCAUCUCGCUUCAGGAAACGCGCAGUUUCAAUAUCUCACAGUUUAGCAAGUCCAGUACCCUUGGAUUUUCAGCAUGUAAAACUCAGUCCAAUGCUCUUGGAUAUCCAGCCGGCGAAAGAAAGCACUCCUCCUACUAUAUUCAAGAGACCAGUACCCAGGUCAUUAAAACGUGUUGCGGUGAGCUCAACGUUUCCAACCCAAACGGCGGCUUUACAUCCCGGCAUACCGUCCUACCAAGCUGCUGAGAGACGUCCGUCAGCCCCGGCAAUGAUGCUUUCAACUAGCGCUGGCAACUUCCACAGGUCUUUAUCGUCACAGAGUGGUAUGCGAAAAUUUUCUUUGGACUUGGCAGCUUCCCCGGAACAUGUGCCUCUCAAGGAUGAUAAAGGUAUUAUUCUAAUGGAUCCUAAUGCCGCCGAACGUGUUUGUUUAGGCCUUGGCUCAGGGAGUGACAAAGCGGAUAAGUUAUUAGGUAUCAAUAAUGAGACAUGUAGAGCAUUACCAGUACGAAGCGUCAAGAAGGUACCUUCGUGGAAGAUCAAGAGCUUCGGCAACUUCAAGUCCGUGCUCAACAACAUGACCGGAGUUGCUUCAAAAGAACGUAAGAAGGUUCGCGAAGAAUGGGAGCGACGCCAAAUGAAUAUCAGCCACCCAAUAGAUGUACACAGAGUGUAA